AAAUUUGAGGCCAGUGAGAACAACGUAGUGAGACUCUGUCUCAAAACAAAAUUUGACAAGGGCCAAGAGCAUGGGGCUUAGUGGUGGAGUGCUUGCCUAGCCUCCAGAAGGUUCUGGGUCCAUUUCGAAGUAUGGACCUAAAAACACAGGGUCUGGGUAGGAAGUCCCCUACAUCAUGGCACCUCAAUACAUACCCUGAAAUGUUCCCCAUGGAAGGGCAUUGUUGGGCCUGCUGAUCUUCCCAUUUCCCAGAGAAGGAAGCUGAGGCCCAGAAAGGGGUGGGGAGGGAUAGUUGCCCCAGUGUCCUCAGCGCCCCCACUACCCAGGUGGCUGGGCUCGGGGAGUCCCAGCUGGCUUACAAUGCCCUCUGUGAACUCUGUUCCUAGAACUGUUGGCAUGCAGUGGCUUUUGGUGGACAGUCACAGCCUGACCCCUCUGUCCUGUCUGGAUGCCACACGGAGGUGCCCUUCCCUAAUGGCCAUGCGCCAGUGCCUCACCACCCUCCCCAGCUGCCUGACCCCACUGGCCAGAGUGUGUUUGCCUGGAUGCAGUGGUGCAGCCAGCAGGCCCGGGCUGGUAAAUAAUUCAUCUGACAGCUGAUAGUGCCUUCUAGAGCCAGCCCCAGCCCCCUCGCCACGGAGCAGAGCGGCUGCCUCCGCCUCCCUCCAGGCCCAAACCAGCUGGACCAGCUUUCCUGGUGCCACCCUGGGCCCCCUCCCACCAGCCAGGUCCCAGCGUCCCAUCUGGGACACCUUCAGGCUUCGAGCGGUCCGCACUCAGAGUGCGCUUCUGGGCAACAUGGCUUUGCAGAGCCAGGCAUGGGCUCCGGCCACACCCAUCAGGCCGGUGGCCGAGAGCUCCCUCUACCGGCAGCGGCUGGAGGUCAUCGCUGAGAAGCGGCGGCUGCAGGAGCAGAUCCGCACGGCGCGCCGCGAGCUGGAGGAGGAGAAGCUCCGCGUGCAGCGGCUCAAGAGGAAAUCCCUGCGAGAGCGCUGGCUGAUGGACGGCGCCACGGAAGGACCUGAGCAGCCCGGGGACCCUGCCGCCCAGGACCCCCAAUCGCCAGAGGGCCAGGCCCAGGCUCGCAUCCGAAACCUGGAGGACAGCCUGUUCACACUCCAGUCCCAGCUCCAGCUGCUGCAGAGCGCUUCCACAGGUGCCCAGCACCGGCCCCCAGGCAGGCCCUCCUGGCGAAGACAGGGUUACCGUCCUCUCUCCCAGCCCAUCAUGGAAGCAGGUCCUGCAGGCCAGGCGGAUGUGGACAAGAGAGCUUCCCUGCCAGUGGGGCCCAUGGGUUUGUCCCCAGAGUCCCCCUCUGAGCCCAGGGAGGGGGCCCCAAGGCCAGUCUCUGGAGCAGGGGAGUCCCCCCAAGAAGCCAAUGGCCCCUGCUCGGGGCCCAGCAUGCCUCCAGAGCAGCGGCAGAGCCUGGGGACAGGGACUGUGGCAGAGGGGAGUGUGGUGGAGGCCAAAGGGGGGGACAUGGUAGAAGUAGUGUGGGGGGGGCUCCAGGGCCCCCAGGACUGUGCCAUGGGUGCCACUGGCCCAGAGCUGGAGGCCAGGGUGGAGCAGGUGGUACUGGAGGCCAUAGGGGACAGACAGAGGCCUGGCAGCCCCAAGCUCCCGGCCUGGGUGAGGGAGGACAGGGGCAUUGUGGAGGUGGUCUGGGAGGGGCUGGGGGGCAGUGACCAUGAGACCCUGGAAGAGGUGGGUGGUGGUGACCUGGAGCUCCAGGAGCGCCUUGGGGGCCCAGGGUCCAGAGACAGGGGGCCUGACAAGCAGGGGGAACCCAGGAGGGACGAGGGCUCCUUCAUCUGGGUGGAGAGGGUGACGCUCAGUGAGGACUGGGAGGAGCUGCUGAUGGAGGGCUUGGAGGGGCCCCCGGAGACUGGCAGGGAAGCUGGUGUCGAGGGACUGCCAGGGACAGACAGGGGAGGAGGUGGGGAGGGGAAGGUGGAGGGGCCUGCGGGGGCAGGGGAGAAGGGGGCCGAGGAGAGGCCGGGGACAGAGAAGGAUGGGGGGCACAGGCCGCUGGAGGGGAUGCAGAAAGAAAGCUGGGCAUCCUCAGAGCCAGAGGGGACAGCAGGCGAGCAGAGAGAGAGCGCCGAACAGGAUUUGGGCGUCGAGAGGAACGAGAUGGAGGGGCCUCUGAGGGCAGAGAGGGGACACAGGGAGGAGAGGCCAGGAGCAGAGACGGAGGCGCCGCUGGGAGUGGACAAGGAAGGAGGUGAGGAGAGGGCAAAGGAGAAAGCUGAGCAGCCACUGGGAUCCGAGACAGUGGGCGAAGAGGGGUCUCUGGGGGCAGGGAGAGGAGGUGGGGAAGAGGGGGGGGCAGCGGGGAGAGACGAUGAGGAGCCAGUGGACGUGAAGGAGAAAGGAGGUAAGGAAGAGCCAGGCGUGACUGAAGAGCCCUUGGUGACAGAGAGGGAAGGAAGUAAGGAGCCCCUGGUGACAGAAAGAAAAGAAGGCGAGGAGCCCUUGGGAGAAGAGGAGACUCCUGGGGCCCAGGACUUGCAGAAUGGGACAGAGCAGAGGGAAGCAGGGGAGGGAAGGGAAUCCCAGACUAAGGCAGGGAGUGAGGCGGGUUUGCCCCUUGAGGUCAUGCAGGAGAUGGCCCCAGAGUUGCAGCCCCCAGAGAAGCAAGAAGGCUAUCUGGAAGAAGAGGCAGGGGUGCCCCAACCUCCUGCUGAGGCCCAGGGCCCCGCUGGGGACGCCACCCCACUCCUGGCUGAGACCCCCGCCCCAGACCAGCCCACCGAGAGCCAGCCGCUGCUUCCAUGGGAGGGACCCAGCACCAACCCCAGCGCCCACCCCGCACCCACCUAUGCCCCCGCCCGGCAGCCUGAGCCCACCUCCCGUGCUGAGGGUGAGGAGGCAAGCGGCCCCAAGCAGAAGACGUGCCAGUGCUGUGCAGUGAUGUGAGCCUGCGCCCGGGCCCCGACCAGUGCCUCUCAUAGCUACCUCGCCUCCUGGCAUCCAGAAGAGGGUCCCGGGUGCAGGCAGGGCACACAGGACUGGCCAUGGCAUGCGGCAGCCAGCCGGCCCUCACAUCCACCUAUGCCUGGGUUUCCAGACUCCUUGCCCACUGCCUGUGACCCCGGCUCCCUUCUGUGACAAAGCCUUUAUACUUGAAAAUAAAAUGUUUAAGCACUAAGA